AUGGCGAGGCUCACGGGGGCCCGGGCCGCGCCGAGCCGGCGCUGGGGCUGCGCCGCCGCCGCCUUCCUCCUCCUCCUCCUCACUGUGCAAGCUGCCCAGCGAGCCGAGCUCAGCGGCGACGCCACGGCCGCCACCAUCAACCACUCGCUGACGCUGCUGCAGCGGCUGCAGGAGCUGCUGCAGAGCGGCAACGGCAGCGACGCGGUGCUGCAGGUGCGCGCGGCGCCCGCCGCCGACGCCAAGGUCUUCCACGUGCACCAGCUGCUGCUGGGCCUGCAGAGCGACGUCUUCGAGGGGCUGCUGCGCAACCAGAGCGUGCUCACCCUGCACGAGCCGCCCGAGAGCGCCGCGCUCUUCGACAAGUUCAUCAGGUACCUGUACUGCGGCGGCGUCUCCAUCCUACUGCACCAAGCCAUCCCCAUGCACCAGCUGGCCACCAAGUACGGCGUGCGGGCGCUGCAGCGCGGCGUGGCCGACUACAUGCGGAGCCACCUGGCCAGCGAGUCGAGCCAGGGCCACGUGGUGGGCUGGUACCAGUACGCGGCGCGCGUGGGCGACCGGGUGCUGCAGGAGAGCUGCCUGCAGUUCCUCGCCUGGAACCUGUCGGCCGUGCUGGCCAGCGCCGAGUGGGCCUCGGUGAGCGCCGAGCUGCUGCUGCUGCUGCUGGAGCGCUCCGACCUGGUGCUGCACAGCGAGCUGGAGCUCUACACGGCCGUGGAGGGCUGGCUGGGCCGGCAGCAGCCCGAGGCGGCCGUGGCGGAGCGCGUGCUGCGCGCCAUCCGCUACCCCAUGAUCGCGCCCGCGCAGCUCUUCCGGCUGCAGGCGCAGUCGGCGGCGCUGGCGCGGCACCGCGCCGCCGUGCACGACCUGCUCUUCCAGGCCUUCCAGUUCCACGCCGCCUCGCCGCUCCACUUCGCCAAGUACUUCGACGUCAACUGCAGCAUGUUCCUGCCGCGCAACUACCUCGCGCCCGCCUGGGGCGCCCAGUGGGUCAUCAACAACCCGGCGCGCGACGACCGCAGCACCAGCUUCCAGACGCAGCUGGGCCCCAGCAGCCACGACGCCGGCAAGAGGGUCACCUGGAACGUGCUCUUCUCGCCGCGCUGGCUGCCCGUCAGCCUGCGCCCCGUCUACUCGGACUCGGUGUCGGGCGCCCUGCAGCCGGCGCGCAUCGAGGACGGCCGCCCCCGGCUCGUCAUCACGCCGGCCACCAGCAGCUCCGACUUCGCCGGCGUCAGCUUCCAGAAGACGGUGCUGGUGGGCGUGCGGCAGCAGGGCCGCCUCCUGCUCAAGCACGCCUACAGCUUCCACCAGAGCUCCGACGAGGUGCCCGACUUCCUGGCGCACGCCGACCUGCAGCGCCGCACCUCCGAGUACCUCAUCGACAACGCCCUGCACCUCCACAUCAUCGUCAAGCCCGUCUACCACGCGCUCAUCAAGGCCAAGAAGUAGUGCCGUGCCCGCGGGGGACACCCCUGCCCACGUC